CUGAGACACAUCUGAGUGAAGCUGUUCCACUGAAGCGACUGGGAUCAGAGCUGAAUCCUGUCAGGAUCCCAGCCCUGGCUGGUGACUGCUGGUUCUCUGCCUUUCCUCUGUGCUCCACGUGCCACUGCUGCACCAGCGGCUCAGGAAUGAAAGACUUUUUGGUGACCUACAUAGUUCUCCCCAUGCGAUGGCUUCAGAAUGGUUCCCUAUGAUCUUCCCACUCUGGCUCCUGAUUAGAGCUGACGGAUAAUGGAAACAUUUCCUUGGCGAUGUCUCUGGGGCGACUCCUCCGACGCGCCUCUUCCAAAGCCUCCGACCUCCUGACCUUGACUCCUGGUGGUGGCAGCAGCUCGCCCUCCGUACUCGAUGGGGAGAUCAUCUACUCCAAGAACAAUGUCUGUGUCCACCCACCUGAGCUGCUGCAAGGCAUCGGGGAGCAUCACCCAGGCUACUUGUGCUUGUACAUGGAGAAGGAUGAGCUCCUGGGAACCACCCUGAUCCUUGCCUGGGUGCCCAACUCCCGCAUCCAGCGGCAGGAUGAGGAAGUGCUGCGCUACAUCACCCCCGAGAGCUCCCCUGUGCACAAAGCCCCCCGCAAGCGCGGCCGCCACGCUCAGGGCUUCGGCACUGUCCAGCAGCCUUCCCCCACUGAGCAGAGAGGGGCCAUGCUCCUGAGAGGAGAAGACAUCCUGACUGUGUCACAGCUUGUGAAAGACGUGGCUUACAUCAGCUCCCCCUCUUCGGAAGGGGAGAAGCUGCCGCAAUGCUGCCCCUCAGGAGACGGCACCCACCGGUCCCCCCAGCCUGCACGCAGUGACUCAGGAAUCCUCUUGACAAUCAGCUCUCAGGAGGAGCAGAACAGGUCGGAGCUGUCAGUGGAGGGGACAGAGGAAGGUCUGGACUGCAGGCCAGAGCCAGGGGAGGACGAGGGCUCCCUGGAGCUGUCUGCUGAUGACGUGAGCAGGGACAGUACUUUUGACUCUGAUUCUGAUGCCUUCUCUUCCCCCUUUUGCCUCUCUCCCAUCAGUGAAGCCCUCGGGAAAAGCAGUAGUUCCGUGUUCCUGGAUAAUGAAAGCAGGGACACGUGUGACAAUCACUUGACCUGCUCCACCAGCUCUGCCUCCAGCCUCGACACCAGUGCCCAGUUCCAGGACAAUAACGGGCAAACACAGAGCACCAGAUGGGAUGAACAGCAGAAAGUAUUUGCCCUCGAGCAGGUCUGUGGUGUCUUCAGAGUGGACCUGGGACAAAUGAGAUCCCUUCGCCUCUUCUUCAGCGACGAGGCGUGUACCUGUGGGCAGCUGGUUGUUGCGAGCAGGGAGAGCCAGUACAAGAUCUUCCAUUUUCACCAUGGUGGCCUGGAUAAGCUCUCCGAGGUGUUUCAGCAAUGGAAGUACUGCACAGAGACCCACCUCAAGGACCAGCAGCUUACAGAUGAGAGGACGUGUAUGCAGUUCUCCAUCCGCCGCCCCAAGCUGCCCUCCUCGGAAACCCACCCGGAGGAGAACGCCUACAAGCGCCUUGAUGUGUCUGCCUGGCUCCAUCACCUGAAUGAAUCCGGACAGGUGGAAGAGGAGUACAAGCUGCAGAAGGCCAUUUUCUUUGGUGGGAUUGAUAUUUCUAUCCGUGGGGAGGUGUGGCCCUUCCUGCUGCACUACUACAGCUACGAGUCCACCUCUGAAGAGAGGGAGGCACUGAGACUGCAGAAGAGGAAAGAAUACUUUGAGAUCCAGGAGAAAAGGCUCUCCAUGACUGCAGAGGAACAGAAGGACUUCUGGCGUAAAGUACAGUUCACGGUAGAUAAAGACGUGGUGAGGACUGACCGCAGCAACCAGUUCUUUCGAGGGGAGAACAACCCAAAUGUGGAAACUAUGAGGAGGAUCUUGCUGAACUAUGCAGUAUUUAACCCAACAAUUGGCUACUCCCAGGGGAUGUCUGACCUGGUUGCCCCACUCCUGGCAGAGGUUCUAGAUGAGUCGGAUACUUUCUGGUGCUUUGUGGGACUGAUGCAGAACACAAUCUUCAUCAGCUCACCCCGGGAUGAGGACAUGGAGAAGCAGCUGAUGUACCUGCGAGAGCUGAUGCGCCUCAUGCACCCGCGCUUCUACCAGCACCUUUGCUCCUUGGGAGAGGAUGGGCUGCAGAUGCUUUUCUGUCACCGCUGGAUCCUGCUCUGCUUCAAACGGGAAUUUCCAGAUGCGGAGGCGCUGCGCAUGUGGGAAGCGUGCUGGGCUCACUACCAGACAGACUAUUUCCACCUCUUUAUCUGUGUGGCCAUUGUGGUGAUUUAUGGAGAUGAUGUGAUUGAACAACAGCUGGCCACUGACCAGAUGCUGCUGCAUUUCAGCAACCUGGCUAUGCACAUGAAUGGAGAACUCGUACUCAGGAAGGCAAGGAGUCUGCUCUACCAGUUCCACCUGCUGCCCCGCAUCCCCUGCAGCCUGCAUGACCUGUGCAAGCUGUGUGGGACAGGAAUGUGGGACAGUGGCUUUAUCCCUGCUGUGGAGUGCUCUGGCCAUCACCCCGAGUCUGAGAGCUGCCCGUAUGGGGGACUGGUGGAAGUGUCUUCUCCCAAACCAGGAAGUGAAGGCAAGAGAAGCUUGAAAACACGGGACGUCUUUGCUUUCCGAAAAUAGCUGUGGAGGAACAGGGUGUGCAGAGGAAGAGGGAAGGGCAGGAAGGAUGUGCAUAGGAAUGAAUAUUGAAGACAAAAAUGGAGGGGGGUCUUGUCGAGGCUCCUGAGAACACUGAAAGGUGAAGAAUGGAAAAGGAAUUAAACCCCUCUACAAGAGAAGCAAAUUCCAGUGCACUGGCGCUGGAACCUGAACAAGGUGCAUCAAACCAGGAAGGGUGUUUGUACGUGUUUGGAUUUGUUUUGUUAGAAACAUGCUUUUUCUAGCUCUUACCAAGGAGUUUUUAUUCUGCCUCUGGGACUGGACUGGUUCACAACCAGAACUUUGCUACUUGCUGAUGAGAAAUGAGAACACUAAAGAGAGCCAAGUGCAACCAGCAGCGUUCGUGGGUCAGGCAGAAG